CAUCCAUUGUCCUAAAAUAUACAUCGCGGAAGUUUUGACAACGCGUAAUGACAUAGACCCAAACUGAAAGUAGCUAAACGGCGGCUUAGAAUAUAUAUUGAAAUAUUCCGUUUCAGAAUGGACAAUUACUUCAGUCCUUGGCCCGUUGUGUGCGCCAUUGACUUUGGGACGACAUACAGUGGCUAUGCUUAUUCCAUGCGACCAGACUAUGAGAGGAACCCAUUAAAUAUUGAGUGCAAUCCAUCAUGGUCGAACGAGGAAAUGAUGACACCAAAAACUCCGACUUGUAUUCUAUUCGAUAAGUCGGAAAACUUCCAUUCAUUUGGGUACGAGGCAGAAAAGAAAUAUAGAAAGCUAGCUGAAAAAGCCCAAGAAAAACUAGAGAUUGACGAAGAAGACGAUAGCAAUGAUAGUGAUGAUAGUGAUGAUAGCGUCAAUGAAAAAGUCGAAGAUGAAAUUGAAGAAGACAACGUUACUGAGUGGCUUUAUUUCAGAAGAUUUAAAAUGAAGCUGUAUCAAGACGAUAUGAUGGCGAAGCAAAAAUUAAAGAAAUUGAAACUAAGUGCAGAAAAUGGGAAGAAACUUCCAGCUUUGAAGGUAUUUUCAGAAGCAAUUAAAUAUCUGAAAGACCACUUUGAAGCCUUACUGCUUAAAACAACAAUAAGAGAUGAUUGUAAAGGAAGUUCAUUGAAUUCAGAUACGUCACAAGAGCAACGUCAUACCUCUGUGUCCACAAGAAAACAGGAAACACACUCUGAACGUUCUGAUUCCAAUAUUGUGGAUAGUAAUGACUCGUCUUGGUCGGACGACAUCCUGUGGGUCCUAACAGUUCCUGCAAUUUGGUCUGAUCAAGCGAAACAGUUCAUGCGUGAUGCUGCUAUACAGGCUGGCAUUAGAGACGACCACUUGGUUUUGGCGCUGGAACCAGAGUCCGCUGCUCUGCUCUGUAAGCAGUUAGCACUGACCAAAAAAGCAGUUGAUAUCAAGGUACAGAUGUUUGAACCUGGCAGCAAGUUCAUGGUCAUCGAUUGUGGAGGAGGAACAGUGGAUGUGACGGCUUACAAAGUUGAAAACAACCAAGCCCUACGGGAGUUGCAUUGCGCAUCUGGAGAUGCAGUAGGGGGAACAAAUGUGGACAUGCUUUUUAUCAAUCUUUUAAAUGACAUAUUUAGAAAAGACGUGGUGGAAAGAUUUCAGAACAAAUCGCCAUCAGAUUGGCAUGAAUUGCUGAGAAGUAUUGAAGUUAAAAAACGGGGUAUUGGGCUAAAAAAUCCAAACGAAAAGGAGAAAGAACUAAUAACUUUUUCAAGUUUAGGUAGACUGAUUGACGCAUUUACACAUUUAAAUGGACACAGUAAAAAUGCUAUUUCUAAACGAAUACAAGAAAUGGAUUUAAAAAAGAAGAUAAAAUGUAACGGUCCAAAGAUGCGCAUUGAUGAAACUUACUUAAUUGAGACAGUUUUUGCUGGUCCAAUCAAAGAUAUUGUGAAACACUUGAAAAAUUUGUUCGCUGAGAAAGACGUAAAAGGUAUCGAUAUAAUAUUGCUUGUCGGGGGAUUCUCCGAAUGCCCACUCCUGCAAGAUGCAAUUAAGAGGGAAUUUCCAGACAAGACAAUUGUUAAUCCGCGAGAUGGCAGCAUUGCGGUAAUGAAGGGGGCGGUGUUGUUUGGACACAGUGCUGAGAUUGUAGCUCAGAAAAGGAUAGAACAGGGGCAUCAGCUGCACGAAGUACAAGAAGUGUCUGAAUGCGUAGUUCGUAGGAGUAGGGCGUACUAUGGGGUUGCAACAGAUGUUCCCUUUGUUGAUGGUGAACAUCUCCCAGUUUGUAGAUAUACCAACGAAGAAGGUUUAUCUAUGUGUUCAGACAUUUUUGAUUGCCUCAUAAAGAAAAAUCAGGAGAUGGAAAUAGGACAAUCUGUUUUUGAAAAGACUUUCAAAGCCUCUAGUACAUUGGCGAACGUAGAAAUUUAUCGAUCAGACAGGGAGGUACAAUACUGCCAUGAAGAUGGCUGUCGAAACAUUGGAAAUAUUAAUGCCCUUUAUUCGGAUGACAUCGGUGAUAGGAGAUUAUUUAAAAUCCAGCUACAUUUUGGUUUCACAGAAAAAAUAGCAAUAGCAAUGGACAUGAAGACACAAAAAACCUGGAAGGCCAAACUCGACUGUAUUCUGUAGAAUAUCACCAAACGUUAUAACAAACGCAACUCACCUCUCACAUAUAAACUAUGUAUAGAAUCAUUAUAAACAAUAUAAACACUCUAAAUGAGAGAUCUCAGAUAUGACAUCAACAGGAAUAUUGGGUUGGUGAAAUACCUCUGUUGAGCCGAUUUCUUCAUUGUCUUAUACAAUACCUUUAUGAUUCAAUGGACAUGAUUAUUGUUUUAUCCGAGGACUUACAGAGCCAGGGUUAAAAAGAAACAUUUCGUACACAAUAAAUAAGCUGCGAAUAUUUGCCUGAUUUGAGGUCUCUUGCCUAGGCAAUCGUUAGAAUUUGUUGGAAUGACAAUUUUGUUGACGGAAUCGCAAUCAAUUUAGACUAUGAUAUCCGAACAAGCACUACUUUAUCUGGCAUAAAUUUGCCAAAAGACAUCUCACUAGAAGUUGUAAAGCAUAAGCUUAUGCCAACGGAAACUUUACAAUGAGCAUAAUUCUGAACGGCAGAACCUAGAAUUGUCCCUUAAAGGAGUGGCCAUCUUAAAACCGAAGAAAGACAUUGUUGUCGUUUGUUUUAUAAUCAAUAUUGAAGACAUCUCUUCUAUUGCGGUAUUGAUUUAAGCCAUUACCGUAAAAUUUAUACCACAAAAUAAUUUUUGACGACAUAAGAAUUCAACAUUCUGGCUUUUUGGUCUUUUGAAAGCAAUGGAUGUUUGUUUUUUAACCCCUUAAAGAUUUAGCCAGGGACAUUUCUAGCAGAAUAAGGAAUUUGUUAAUUCAUUUCCUUACGAAUAUCACUGAUUUUUCAAAAUAGUUGCCUUCCAGAAACUCGCAUUCUCUGUUUGACCACCUCGUUCAAUGCAUCUGCGAUUUUAUAUUUUAUUUUAGAUAGGAAUCGAAGUUUUCCAGGACAUUUUACAUGUAUAUUUUUUCCCCCGAGUACAAUGCAAGAUGAAUUUAUUCACGGUAUAUUUUGCUGCGGUUUGAUAAAUAAACACAUUUUCUUUUUGUUUUGCUUCAA